GGCCCCGGGGCGGACAAUGGCCGCAGACGGACUCUCUAGCAAGGCCUUGAAGGUGAAGCGGGAGCUGGGGGAGAACACGCCGCUGCUGUCGGACGAGGAGCUCAUGGGGCUGUCGGUGCGCGAGCUCAACCACCACCUGCGGGGCCUCUCCAAGGAGGAGGUGGCGCGGCUGAAGCAGCGCCGGCGGACGCUGAAGAACCGCGGCUACGCRGCCAGCUGCCGCGUGAAGCGCGUCUGCCAGAAGGAAGAGCUGCAGAAGCAGAAGAUGGAGCUGGAGUGGGAGGUGGACAAGCUGGCCCGCGAGAACGCCGCCAUGCGCCUCGAGCUCGACACGCUGCGCGGCAAGUACGAGGCCCUGCAGGGCUUYGCCCGCACCGUGGCCGCCCACGGGCCCUCCGCCAAGGUGGCCACCGCCAGCGUCAUCACCAUCGUCAAGUCCGGCGCCAACCAGGCCGCCUACUCCUAGUGCCGGCCCCCGGCGCCUGCCCGGCCGCGGCC